GGACUCUUCAUUCUCUAGCUACUGUUUGUAUAGCUUUUUAAGCUCUGUUCCUGUAGAAACUUGAGGGGAAAAUGGAUGGGAAGGUGACUAAUACAGUUGCAGAUGCAGUAGACUAUAAGGGAUUUCCAGUUGAAAGGUCUAAAACUGGAGGCUGGUUGCCUGCUGCUCUUAUCUUAGGAAUUGAAAUAUGUGAGAGACUAUCUACAAUGGGAAUAGCAGUGAACCUGGUGACAUACUUGGAUGGAACAAUGCAUCUCCCAAGUUCUACCUCAGCCAAUAUAGUGACAGAUUUUAUGGGAACCUCAUUUCUCCUGUGUUUUUUAGGAGGGUUCCUUGCAGAUUCCUUCUUGGGCAGAUACAAGACCAUUGCCAUCUUUGCUUCUGUUCAAGCACUUGGAACAGGCAUGUUAGCAAUGUCCACAAAGCUGCCCCAGCUACGACCACCACCCUGCAACACUAAUGGUGCCAUCCAAAAUUGCAAGCAAGCAAAUGGAUUCCAAAUGGGAAUUCUAUACUUGUCUCUGUAUAUAAUUGCACUGGGAACUGGUGGUCUCAAGUCGAGCGUCUCAGGAUUUGGAACUGAUCAAUUUGAUGAGAAAGAUGAUAGGGAAAGGGCUCAUAUGGCCUAUUUUUUCAAUAGGUUCUUCUUCUUCAUCACCACAGGAACAUUGAUGGCUGUUACAGUACUUGUCUACAUACAAGAUGGAGUGGGUCGAAGUGUGGCAUACGGAAUUUGUUCUAUUUCCAUGAUUAUUGCUAUCUUGAUAUUUUUAUCAGGUACUAAGAGAUACAGAUACAAGAAGAGCUUAGGGAGCCCAAUAGUCCAUAUUUUCCAAGUCAUUGUUGCUUCCAUGAGGAAGAAAAAGCUUGACUUUCCUUCCAGCAUAGGUUUAUUUUUUGAGAAUUAUCCUGAGGCGACAAGAAUCCGUCACACAGACCAGUUCAGUUGCCUAGACAAGGCCGCAGUCGUCACAGAAGGAGAUUUUGGAAAAAAUGGUUCUUCAGAUCCAAACCCAUGGAAACUAUGUUCAGUAACGCAGGUGGAGGAGGUCAAAAUGAUGGUCAGACUACUUCCAGUUUGGGCCACAACAAUCAUAUUUUGGACCACAUAUGCACAAUUGAUCACCUUCUCAGUGGAACAAGCUAGUACCAUGGAGAGAUCAAUUGGGAAUUUCCAAAUUCCAGCAGGAUCUCUCACUGUCUUCUUUGUGGGAGCUAUAUUGAUUACUCUGGCAGUCUAUGACCGUUUGAUCAUGCCUAUCUGGAAGAGAUGGAAAGGGAAAGAAGGUUUCACCAGUCUACAACGAAUUGCGAUAGGCCUCAUCCUCUCUACAUUAGGAAUGGCAGCUGCAGCAAUUGCCGAAUUGAAACGUUUAUCAGUUGUAAGAGCUGUAAAUGGAAACACCUCCACACUGCCUUUAAGUGUUUUCAUUUUAAUUCCACAAUUUUUCUUAGUUGGAUCUGGAGAAGCAUUCAUAUAUACUGGGCAGCUUGAUUUCUUCAUAACCCAAUCGCCAAAGGGAAUGAAGACAAUGAGCACCGGGCUCUUUCUUACGACUAUCUCACUUGGCUUCUUUUUUAGUAGCUUCUUGGUAUCAGUUGUGAAGAGGGUAACUCUAAGCCAUGACAGGCAGGGUUGGCUAGCUGAUAAUAUUAACAAUGGAAGACUUGAUCUUUUUUACUGGCUCUUAGCUGUGUUAAGCUUCAUUAAUCUUGGAGCCUAUCUUGUUUGCACUCUAUGGUACAAACCACAAACUUCUAGCAAGGCUGUGCAGAUGGAGAGUGUUGGUAAUGGUUCCCUGGCUGAAGAGAAGUGCUAGUGAUUAAGGAUUGUAAGCAUUACAUGUUUUGAGUCUUUUUUUUUCCCCCCUGUGGGUCUUCUUCUGUUUCCUUUGUACAUUGGAAUGUUUAUGGCUUUGCAUUAGAAAUUAGGAUUGUGGGCAUAAGGUUCAGUUUUGUAGCUGCUGUAAACAAAGAGUACUUUUGAUCAAUUCCAUGGCUUGGGUGUUCUUCCA